AUGUCGUUACCAUGGCUAGAUCAACCCGUUAUGUUGCACUCAAGCCGUGACGCAGGCAUGUGUUCUAUGACACCGGAGCAAUGCGCCUUCAAAACUUCCUACUGGGUUUUCUGGUACGAAGCAGAUCACCGCUACGCGCUUCCAACGACGGCAUUCUUCCUCGCUGCCAUUCUCUUGGUCAGCAUCAUUCACUUUGCAUCAGUCUACGCACCCCGAAGUCUCCGGAGAAGCCCCGUCUGGCUGCGAUUCACUUCGUUUGGUCGAUUUCUUUCUUACAAGGGUUGGCGGAUUGGAUCUUGGAAUACUCAGUCGCUGGCGACCUACCUACUUGGUGCCGCAGGGGCUGUGUUUUUCUUGGCCAUGACAUUCGGCCCUCGCCCCUAUUAUUGGCCCAACACAAAACAAAUCAGUUUUGGCAACUCCCCGCCAAUUGCAACCCGAGCCGGCUAUAUGGCUCUGGCUUGCAUGCCCUUUCUCUUUGUUCUAGGUGCAAAAGCGAAUCCGAUCUCGACCCUGACCGGCAUAUCGCACGAGAAGCUCAACGUCUGGCACAACUGGGUUGCUUGGGCAAUGUUUGUUCUUGCUCUCGUACACACCUUUCCCUUCAUAGUCUUCCACAACUGGAAGGGGGAUCUACUAAAAUCAUUCAAUGAUGGAGGAAUCUGGGUUACUGGCGUCAUUGCGCUCUUAGCACAAGCAUGGUUGACGUUUAUGUCAAUACGCUGGAUACGUGAUCGUUAUUAUGAAUUCUUCAAAGCGACACAUCUAUUUGCAGCUGCUGUCUUUUUCAUUUUCUUCUUCUUGCACUGCGACUUCCGCCUGACCUCGUGGGACUAUUUCAUCGCCACCGCUGUGUUGUAUUCACUCUGCUGGUUUUAUUCGCAGUUCAGAACCUUCAUGGAACAUGGAGUGAACCGCGCGUCACUAUCGAUGGUAACGCCAAACUCGUUGAUGGUGGUCAUCAAGACCAACACUAGGUGGACCCCGGGCCAACAUGUUUACCUUCGAUUCUUGACGUGUGGCCUCCACGCUCUGACAGCACACCCCUUCACCAUCGCUUCUGUUCCUCGCCAGGGACGACGCAGCGAAAUGGUCUUCUAUCUGGAGCCGCGCGGAGGAGUGACCGGCCGUUUGGCAAAGAUGGCCGAAAAGUCACCUGGCAUAUCGGUUCCAGUUCUCCUCGACGGACCGUACGGAGGAGUGACUGGUCGAUGGUUCGCGGGUUUUGACCGAACUCUUGUCGCAGCUGGCGGCUCAGGCGCAGGAUUCUCGUUGGCGAUGGUCGAGCACUUCCUGGAGACGCGGCCCGCCGGCUCUCAACUGGACGUCGUCGUGGCCUCCCAUGACCCUGGCUUCCGAGAAUGGUACCUUCAAGCCUUGGACAACAUUACCGAGCGCAGGCAGGCGAGCGAAGACCUGAAGACUGCAAAGAUAGUCGUAAAGAUCCACGAGACUGGAUCCCAGGAUGCAGGCUCUACGACCACAUCCGAGCCUAGGACACCAAACGACAAAGAGAUCGUGGAUCGUUCAACCGCAGUCUCAACCCCCACGGGAUUAAUCAACGCGCAGACUGUCUCCGGACGACCAGACCUCCCAUUCAUAGCUCAAAGUGUCACCGAUAAAAACGGAACACUUGGAAUUGUCGUAUGCGGGCCCUCGUCCAUGGUCUUUGACUUGAAAAGAUCUGCGGCUUCGGCCCAAAGAGACAUCAUGCAAGGAAAGUCCAAGGCUGAUGAGGUCUGGUUUUACAACGAAAGCUUUUCGUAA